GUGAGGUCAAAGGAAAGAGAGGAACAGAGUAACAGACCGUUAGAAAGAGACAGGAAGAGAUGCUGAACUCUCACUUUGGCCACAUUUUAUUCUGCUACUUUUUAAAAGUGAGAUUUGAUAUAGAGACAUAGCACCAACGUCUGACUGAAAAUCUUCUCUUUGCUAUCUGUGAACUCUCCUGUGUAUAACUAUGAUGAAUCCAGAUUUCGACCAAAACUGCACCAACUUGUACAACCAUCGUCCAGUGGCACGAGUUCUCAUACCUCUGGUCUAUUCCAUCAUAUGUCCAGUGGGACUUUUAGGAAAUGCCCUGGCUCUUCAUGUGGUUAUCUCCAAAAUCACCAAACUUAAUUCAACCACUCUUUAUUCUGCCAACCUGGCUGUGUCCGAUAUCUUAUUCUGCCUGUCGCUUCCCUUACGAGCCGUUUACUACGGCCUUGGUUUCCACUGGCCCCUGGGGGAAGGACUGUGUAAAGCCACAGCACUGCUCUUCUAUGUGAACUGCUACUCUGGGGUUUACUUCAUGACCUGUCUGUCAGUCGAUCGUUUUUUGGCGCUGGUGUUUCCUCUGAGGCUGGUGAAAUUGAGAAAGGCAAGAAAUGCGCGGUUUGUGUGUCUGGCCACAUGGCUGCUGGUGUUGGCCCAGACAUUGCCUCUCCUGACAAUUAACUUGACUAAAACGGAGCAUGACAACAGCAUCACCUGUAUGGAAUACCCCAAUUUUGAGAGUGUUUUUUCAAAAGGGCUGCCGUACAUGCUGAUCAUGGGAGUAGUUCUAGGCUUUGGCAUCCCAGUGGUGAUAAUCAUCGCUUGCUAUUCCAUACUGACCCAUAAACUAAAUCUUGCAGCAAAGUCAAACCGGCUGACCGAACGUUCUGAGACCAAAAAAGCAAAAGGAGUGAUCGCAGGGGUGGUUUUUGUGUUUGUGGUGUGUUUCAGCCCAUACCAUCUUGACCUCCUGCAAUACAUGAUCCGGAAACUUUACUACGAACCGGACUGCAUGGAGCUACAGUCCUUCCAGAUAUCCCUGCAUAUUACGGUGUGUCUUAUGAACCUGAAUUCAUGCCUGGAUCCCUUCGUUUACUUCUUUGCGUGUAAAGGCUAUAAGCAGAAGGUGAUAACGAUGAUGAAGUGGCAGGCUGGCACCCACUUCUCCAGUGUUGGAAGAACCUCGCCUGAAAGUUCAGGCACAGGUGAUGUGCACGGCACACGCCGCAAAAACAACCAAAUAAAAAUGAACACUAUUAGAGAAGGUCUGUAAAACUGUUACCGACAAAAGCCGACAUUAGGUGAUGAAAAAUCACAACAAACUCAUAUGUGAGGCCAAAAUUGAGGGUUAAAAUCCACUAACAAGGCUGAACACCCGAGUAUACUUCAUCUUCCGCAUUCUGCUCCGUCUUGCGCACAGUUGAGCGUGCAAGCCUUUCAAAGUACACUCAUUUGUCCGUGAGCGCGGAAAGACGCGUUUGGCAUGCACGCACUCACUAGUGGACUUUAUUUUCAAGCGCUCAAGUCACUCGCACAUGCUCUGUUGCAUGCGCACCGUCAGCACGGUCACAAAAAUUGGGCUGCACGCGGACAGGGUGUGCGGACACCAAAUGUGUCCCUCAACAUUUGAAACAGCACACACCUCAUGAAACAGGUGGACGCUAGGCAAGCACUGGCAUCCGAGUUGAGAGAGAAAAAAAAAAUAAUCACAGCAAAAAGACUUUUUCAUUCAAAAUUUAAUUGUUAAAGGCAUAGCUGACCAAAAAUGAAAAUUCUGUCAAUAUUUACUAACCUAUUUUUACUAACUGCAUGACUUUCUGUCUUCUAUGGAACAUAAAAUAAAAUAUUUUGAGAAAUGUCUCACCAGUGUGUGUUUUUCGCUAACAUUCUUCAAAAUAUCUUCUUUUGUGUUCCACAGAAGACAGAAAGUCAUAUAGGUUUGGAAUGACAUGAGGAUCAUUUUUGGGAGAGCUAUCCCUUUAAUGAAGAACAGAUAAUGGUUUAUCCAAAAAUCCGUUUGAAAAUUGCAAAAUACAGCAGUUAAACUAUAUCAAAAAGCUGUUUUUAUUGUGAAAAAGUGAGUGUGGAUGAAUCAACCAAGAUGUCCAAAGUCAAGCUGAGAGAUGAUGACACAUGAAACAUGUACUUUGCGGAUUUCUUAAGACUUUUAAAACAUCUUUUUUUUUUUUUUUUUUUGAUUGACUGGUGCAUGACAUCAUCUUAGCUUAGUGCUGUAAUUACAGAUGAUCAAGACAGAGGUCAAAUCAAUCUUUCUUAUCAAGGAAAAGUAAACCACUCUAUGCAAGUCUAUUAUAAAGAAUUGUUUGAAAGCUAGUAGUACAACUAAUAACUUGAAAUAAGAGUGUACUUCACUUUCACAAGAUGUUAUUGUUGUACUCAUUUCAACAUGUAUUUCAUAUAUCGGUGAAGUAAAGAAUACUUUCACAACAAUACAAUGAAACAGGAAAGUUAAUCCAAAUGACAAUGCAAAAAUGGGAAGUUGAUGUUCUACAGGAAACACAAGAACUGCACUUUCACGUACAGACAGUGUUGCAGAAAUUAACAGUAAUACAUUCUGUGCUUGCAGCACACAGUAAAUGCACAGAACAAUACUGGUGAAAAUGCCUAAUAAUUUGUAAAGAGCUAAACAUGGUAUAGAAAGUCAUGUUACUCACAGUCCAGCUGGAAGAACAUCCACCUGAAGUUCAAACAUGAAACGAAGAGCCUCUGUCAGCAGCAAGUCCACAAAAGCAGACAGAAUCCAGGCUCCAAAAAGGAAGGACUAAACAUGGUCAAAAAUAUAACAAUGUUUUAGGUGUACAGCAUCAUGGCAUUUUAACAAAUAAAAACAGAGUGUAAAUUCAUUAGCAUGUGAAUAGGUGAGCACAUUAAAGGAAAUAUUUGGUAACAUGCAUGUGAAGUCUUUUGUUUCAUUAAAAAACAUAGUAUAGUAUUUGAACAACGUACAUUCUAAAUGUCAAAAAUGGUAGGUGGAUCCUGUUACAGAACAAGAAGGCACGUCCAGGCACUCACAUAGUUAGAAAGGUAAAAAGCUUUUAUUUUAAGAAAGGGCUCCAUCUUGAAAAAAACACCAACGUGUAUCAGCAUAUCAGUGUAUCGGUACAUUCUAAAUGCUACCAAAAUGUAGUCAACUGAUUGCCAGAUAAGAUGUAUGUGCUCCAAGUUUCUAUUUGACCUUUUUCCGUUUGACACUUUAUCUUGAACUGGUAGGUGUGUUCAGCACUAUAUUGGUAUUUUUGAGUGUAUAUCAAAUUUAUCCUGAAAUUAUAUUAUAAUUAGGGCUGUCAAUUAAACACAUUAAUUUGGUGUGAUUAAUUAUGUAAAAAAUAACUUUAAAUAAUUUACAGGCCCAGACCUGUAUGUCAUCUCACAUUGCAUGCAGUUUAAUUACAAACAUGAUGCAGAGCAAUGACUGACUGCGCUGAUGAAGCCUAUUAGAAUGCAUUUAAAAUGCAACUAAAAUUUAAGAAACGGGGGCAAAAAAUGGCCCUGUAUGGGUUUUUGUCUUAUAUUAAUUUCAUAAAGUUUAGCAAUAUCACAGAGUGCUGUUUUUUCCCAAAUAUCUGUACGAUUGCAAAUGUGACAUUGAUUUUACACAACAAUUCAAGAAGGUAAUAUUGUGUUACAUUUUUGACAAAAUAUUCUGUUUUUGCUGAAUUUCACCAAUGAAAAUAGUUUAAAAAAAAGCCACAGCAGAACUGUUGUGCGUCUCUAAACAACCAGAGAGGUGUUUCAUUACUGUAUGAAUCUUCGGUUUUUAAAGGGGGGGUAUAAUGCUAUUUCAUGUAUUCUGACUUAUUUACACUGCUAAAGAGUUGGAUUCUCAUGCUAAACAUGGCCAAAGUUUCAAAACAUGAGUUGGAUGUAUGACGGAGUAUUUCUGCUCCACAAAUUCUCUUCCAAAUCCUCACAGGAUUCAGACUUUUUUUUUUUCGAGUCAACAAGGUCGGAAUUCCUUGUACGGGCACUUCUCCCAGAAGGGCGCGCGCACACACGUGGACCUGAGUGAGUGCACAAGAGCACGCCCAUCAACGCGCGUUCGGGUUUAUGGAAGUCAUCGGCAGCACUGCACAGGUCACAGGACUGCACGAAAUCAACAAUGAUUGGCAGAAACUGUGUGUGAUACCCCCCCUUUAACAAAUCGAGUGAGCCAUUAAUUCAGUGAUCUAUUCAUAAAAAUGUCAAUUGGUCAUAUGAUUUGUUCCAGAAUGAAUCAGCCAUUUGAAAUGAAUCGUUUGAAUGAAUGACUGAAUGACUUACUCAUUAAGACAGUGACUUGCCACCACCUACUAGUGGUUUCAUGUUUAGAGUAUCAUUUCAUUUUUCAUUCAUAUUCAUGCCAUCUCUGAGCUGCAUUAAACAGUCUUAAUGUACCUAAUGUACCUGAAAUGUACCUGAUAUGUACUAAAAUGUUCCUAAAUGCCACUUCAGAUGCAGCUUCUGAAAAAAAUAUUUUGGCCACAUUGUAGCUUUAAAAGUUUAUGUGUAAUAAAUUCUGUUGAAUUAAAUUAUUUCUUUUUAAAGUUA